GUCGAGGCUGCCAAAUGGUUGGGUGAAAUCCAGUGUGUUCGAAGCACUCUCACUCAGUCCGUGAAAGCUGUGCUGGCUGCCGCCUGUCAAACUGUUGCGUUCACUGACGUGUUGGAUGUACUGUGCCACGUACAGGUGUGCAUUAUGGAUGCAAUUCAAGAAUCCGGACUUGGUGGCUGUAUUCAGGGCUUGAAAACGGUAUCAACCGAGCAGUGGCUAGGCGCAAUCCGGCAAAGUCAGAAGAAAGUAAGCAUCAGAGGAACCUUGAAAGCAUUGUACAACUCCUUAGUGCUUAUUAUCGAUGGUACCAGUGGUGCAAUAUCCACAAUGCUUGUGAUGGUUCGGAUCCCAGUAUACAUAACUGUGAAUCCCACAUUGUGCUGCUAG